UGCACAUAUAAUUCAAAACAAAGGAGCAUUUUUUCGACAUACCCACCAACCAACACAUGACCAUGACCAUGAUGAUGUCUCUGUUUGUGAUCUUACUCCUCCUACGCACAACCUCAGUGGCAUCCUCGGAUCUCCGACCUGGGUUUUACUCAAAUACAUGUCCAGAAGCUGAACUCAUAGUUCGAGAUGUCAUGAAGAAAGCCCUCGCCAGGGAACCAAGAAGUGUUGCCUCUGUUAUGCGCUUCCAAUUCCAUGAUUGCUUCGUCAACGGGUGUGAUGCUUCUAUGUUACUUGAUGACACACCAACGAUGCUUGGUGAGAAAUUAGCACUCUCCAAUAUAAAUUCCCUUAGAUCAUAUGAACUUAUUGAUGAAGUUAAGGAAGCACUAGAGAAAACGUGCCCAGGAGUUGUUUCUUGUGCAGAUAUCAUAAUCAUGGCUUCUAGAGAUGCUGUAGCACUGACAGGAGGACCCAACUGGGAGGUGAGGUUGGGAAGAUUGGACAGCUUGAGUGCUUGUCAAGAAGACUCAAACAAUAUCAUGCCCAGUCCAAGAGCCAAUGCAAGCUCUCUUAUUGACCUAUUCCAGAAAUUCAACCUUAGUGUGAAAGACCUUGUAGCACUCUCAGGAUCUCACUCUAUUGGCAAAGGUCGUUGUUUUUCAAUCAUGUUUAGGCUAUACAAUCAAUCUGGUAGUGGAAAGCCUGACCCUGCCAUUGAGCCUAAGUUUAGAGAAGAGCUUUACAAGCUAUGUCCACCAAAUGUUGACCAAAAUGUGACAGGGAACCUUGAUUCCACUCCUCGGGUGUUUGAUAACCAAUAUUUCAAGGACUUGGUUGUUGGGAGAGGAUUUCUUAACUCUGAUCAAACACUUUUCACUUUCCCUCAAACAAGGGAGUUUGUGAGGUUAUAUAGUAGACAUCAAAGUGAGUUUUUUGAAGCAUUUGUGGAAGGGAUGUUGAAAAUGGGUGACUUGCAGUCUGGUAGGCCUGGGGAGAUUAGGAGGAAUUGCAGGAUGGUCAAUGCUUUGCUCUUUGAAUCCCACCACAAGACAGAGAAUAAUGAUAAAUCAAUAUAAAAAACAUGUAUGUGACUGCAGACUCAUGGAUUCAUAAGAUGCUAUCCAAAUUUUAAAUAUAUGAAGCAAACUGAAACGCAUCAUGGCUAAUUUUAGUGUAGGACGCAUUUCAUCACAAGAUAUGUAAGUUUCCCUAAAAAUUUUAGUUAUCGUGCUUCCGAAUAACUCUUCAUAUUCCUAGUUUGCAAAUCUAUAGAUUGUUGGGAUUGU